AUGAUUUUGUUCAUUGUAUUCUUAGAUUAUGCAAUGGGUAUUUGCGACAACACUUGUAAGAUAUGUGUGGCAAGCAAUUGUAAUUAAUGCCAACCGACCAGAUAUUUAGUAGAUGGACUGUGUUAAUGUUCAAGUUCAAACAAAGAGCUAACUAGAAUUGAAUCAAGCCAAUGCUAUGAAUGUAAUAGAAAUUGCAAGGAUUGUAAGUUUAAUGAAAGAAAUUAUUGCUUAAGCUGUUAUAGCGAGAAUCAUAGAGUUCUCAAAGAUGGAAAAUGCGUUUGCGAUGUGUCCUAUUAAGAAAUAAAACAGUCCUAAGAGUGUAUGCUUAGCGUAUAUGAUGUAGACUUAGCUACAGUGUUUGUAAAAUCUCGGUAAUAGGAUGGGCCUAUUAAAUAUAUGAGUAAUAUUCUACCUUUCUAAAAUACUCAAAUAACAAAUUUUGAUACCAAUAUCAUGAACACAGUAACCAUACAAUUUUAGGAUAAUAUAAAAACUCCCCUUAAGGUUGAAUAACACAAUUAGUAGUUUUUUGACUCUGAGGGUCGACACAUCAUUUAAAUUAAAGUAGACAACGUGCUGGUAAUUGGCACUCGGAUUGAGGAGAGUGUGAUAGUUGUAUUUGAUUUUGCCAAAUACAAUGAUAAAACAUACGAUAAAUAUAUGAGUAUUAAGACAUUUGGUAAUAAUAAAUAUACGGUUGAUGUUUAUUAAUAUAUAAGAUAAAAUACCUUAGUUAUAUUAAUGGGGAUCAAAAGAACCCUAUUAAACGUGUAAAAUCAGAAGGAUUUAGCAAUAUCCUUCAUUUUGACUUUUGAAAGCAAUAACUUCGUUGCCAUUAAUAUUAUAGAAACAUUGGUAGACUAUGCAAUUCGAUUAAUUGGGUUUUGCAAGGACCCACUUUGCUCAAUUUGUAGUUUCUACAACAAUAUUGAAACAUGUAAAGUGUGUAAACCACACACAGAAUGGGAUUCAACAACCAAAACUUGUGUUUGCAAGGGUGACCUCAGUACUGAAAAUCAAUGCUACUAUAAAGGCAAGAAUCAAAACGCUAUUGGUUGUACUGAGGAAGUUUGUCUAUUGUGUCAGCCUGAUAAUUCUACAUGCACCAGUAUUGUUGAAGUUUGCGAUGAUGGAUAUUAUGAAUCUAAUAAAAAGUGUUUCAAAUGUCCUCUGUCCUGUGCAACCUGUACGAGUGAUACUUAAUGCCAGAGUUGCAUUGGAAAUUACUACAAAGAUAACUUCACAUGUAAGGAAUGUAUUUCUCCAUGCAAAACAUGCUAAAGUGAAACUCAAUGUUCUAGUUGUUUGGAUGGUUACUUUCUGACCAAUUCUGAAUGUCGAUCAUGCACUUCCAUACCGGGCUGUAAAUUAUGUGAAAAUGCAAGCAAAUGUUUGGAAAGCCAGAAAGGAUAUUAUGUAAAUUCGAGUUACGGAUGUACAUAAUGUAAAAACUAAUGCAGUAGUUGUACUUCAGAGUCUUUUUGCACUGGAUGUAUUGAUGAAUUUUAUGAAUCAAUUGGAUAAUGCAAUAAAUGCAUCGGAAAUUGUUAGACUUGUCCAAAUUCAUCUCAAUGUCAUGUUUGCAACACAGGUUAUUUUGUUGAUAAAAUGAAUUGUAUAGCAUGUAAUUCUCAAUGCACAUCUUGCUCUGGAUCAGCGUCUGAAUGUUAUAGUUGUAAACCUGGGUUCUCCUUAAUUCAAAAUAAAUGCGUAUCAUGCUAAACACCUUGUUAUACUUGUGUGAAUACAACUAGUACAUGUUCAUCAUGUAUCAAUGAUUCCUAUUAUUUGGAUUCAAACACAUGUGUUUUAUGUGAAGCUCCAUGUAAGAAAUGCACUUCAAAGAAGCUUUGUCUGGAAUGUCAAGUAGGCUAUGUAUUAGAUAAUCUAACAGGAUUAUGUAAGAUAUGUGAAACAUCUUGUCCAUCAUGUUGUACUCAAUGUUAACAAAAACUAGUAUAGAAUGUCACCUGUUAAUAUUGUUAAGGUUCAUGUAAUUAAUGUACAAACACACAUACUUGUUAAUCAUGUUUAGAUGGAUACUUCAUGAAUGGAUCAAACUGUUCAUUAUGUUCCAGUAAUUGCUAAACAUGUAAAGAUAAUUAGUUUACUUGCAUGAGUUGUUAUUCAGGAUACUAUUUGUCUAGUGGAUAAUGUGCACAAUGUCGUUCAAAUUGUGCAGAAUGUGAAAGCUAAGAUAAAUGCACGAAAUGUAAAUCCACUUACGUUUUAAAUUACGAAUCGAAAUGCCAAUCAUAAAGUUGCAAAGUUGAAUAAUGUGUCACUUGUUACGAAUAGGACACAUGCGACAAAUGUGGUAUUAGUAAGUAUUUAAACAACAAUAAAUGCCAUCCAUGUUCAAAAACAUGCAAAUCUUGUGAAAAUGGUCGUGAUGAAUGCACAGACUGCUUCUUAGGCUUCUAUUUAACUCAGAAAUAAUGCUAGUAAUGCGAUUUAAAGUGUGCUACUUGCACAACUACAUCUUCAAAUUGCAUUGAAUGUGCAUUAGGUUACUUUAGGAAGGAUGGAGAUUGUUUAAAGUGCAGUAAUAAUUGUAAGACAUGUUAGAACUCUCCUGAAAUCUGCAUUAGUUGUUAAGAUAGUUCUUAUUUGUCCAAUAGUUAAUGUGUUAACUGUUCACUGAAUAUUGAAUAUUGUACUUAAUGCAGUAAUAGCACUACUUGUCUAAAAUGUUAAAGUGAAUACUACUUAUAAAACAAUUCAUGUUUAGUUUGUCCUUUUGGAUGCAGUCAAUGUAUUUCACAUGAAUAUUGUACUGAAUGUAAGAACAAUGCAUACAGUCCUUCUCCAAACAAAUGCGAAUAAUGUCCUAAAUAUUGUAAAGGCACUUGUAAAUUCAUUAAUUAGAAAAUUACAUGUCCUGAUGGAUGUGCAGAUGGUUACUUUUAUAAAGAUGGGCAAUGUCUCGAAUGUAAAUCUCCCUGUAGAACCUGCAGAGACUCCGAAACACAAUGUCUCAGUUGUAAAGAUGGCCAUUAUUACGAAAUUAGUUUUGGUAAUGUUGACAUCGUGAAUUGUUAUAAAUGCACAACAACAGAAAAUUGUAAAAGUUGUGAAAAUCCAGAUCAUUCAUGUAAAACGUGUGUAAAUGAAUACAUCUUUUAAUUAAUUCAGGCAACAUAGAUAUGCAUACUUUGUAAGGAUUGCACUUGUCCCAAAGGUCAAUACUAUGAUUGGGAGUAACUUAAAUGCUUAUGGUGCAAUCCUAAUUGUAAAAGUUGUGAUGAAUAGUCAGAUAUUUGUACUGAAUGUGCGGCCAAUCAAUACUUGGACAAACACAGACACAGAUGUUUUAAUUGUGUAUCACCGUGCAAAUAAUGUUCAGACUUUGAUAAAUGUCUGACUUGUAUUGAAGGUUAAGCCUCUCCAAAUGGUAUUUGUCAAACUUGUCAACUCGAUAAUUGCAUAAAGUGUUUGAAUAAUUAAUGUUCUCAAUGUUAAGCAGGAUACUUCAUCAAUUAAAAUCAAUUGUGUGAACCUUGUUCCACCAAUUGUCUAGAAUGCAAUUCAAAAGACUCUUGUCAAAAAUGCGUAUCAACUACAUAAGUGUAUUUAUCCUCAGGCAUUUGUAAAUCAUGCAAUCAACCCUGUUAAGCAUGUAAUCAAUCUGGGUGCUAAUCAUGUCCUUUAGGUACCUAUAUUGAAAAUCAUGAUUGCAAGCGUUGUUAAGACAAUUGCAAUAUGUGCUCCUCAUCAAGUGAUUGUCAAUCCUGCAACGUUUCUUAUUACUUUGAUGGCAUAACUUGUAAUUCUUGUUCUACCAAAUGGGAAAAUUGUUAGUAGUGCACAGACUCUUAAUGCAAUAUAUGUUAAGACAAAUAUUAUUUGGAUCAAAAUGGUAAUUGUUAGCUAUGUUAAAACUAAUAUUGUUAAUUCAAUUGCAAUUUUGAGACUUGUUAGACUUGUGGCGAAGGUUGUAUUAGAUGUAAUCUUGAAUAAGCCUGUGUCCAAUGUUUAGCUAAUUACUAUCUCAAUUAAGGGAAAUGCAUAGCAUGUAACUAAAAUUGUUUGAGAUGCAAUUAUUAGGAAUGUUUGUAAUGUAAAUCAGGGUAUUAUCAAGAGGGCAUUAACUGUUUAUAAUGCAAACCUAAUUGCUAAACUUGCGAUAAAGAAUUUUGUUAUUAGUGUCCAGAUAAAUAUUACAUUGAUAAAUAAGAAUGUAAGUAAUGUCAACCCAAUUGCUCUCUUUGCACUUCUGAUUAAUGUGAAUCCUGUAUUGAUGACACCUUUUAUCUAAAUUAAAACCAAUGCUCGAAGUGUUAAUCCCCAUGCUUAACCUGCAGGAGUAAAGAUCAAUGCACUAAAUGCUAACCUACUCGCUUUUACCUUGACAACUUCGAAUGCAAAUAGUGUAAAUAGGGAUGUCAAACAUGCACAAAGGACUCAUGCACCUAAUGCGAUUAGUAUGGAUAUUAUUUAGAUAAUGGAGAGUGUUUCAAGUGUCAAUAAAAGCAUUGUUUAAUAUGUUAGAAGGACAAAUGCCUCUAAUGUGAAGAAAUGGAGUACUUCUUAACUAAAGAUUCUACUUGUAAGCCAUGUCCAGAGAAUUGCAAAAAGUGUUAAAGUUAAGAUCUAUGCAAUGUCUGCAAAAAUGGCUUAACUCUUUAUGAUUCGAAAUGUGUAACAGAUUGUCCUAAAGGGAAAUAUUUAGAUGAACAAACUUGCUCUGAUUGUUCGAUAGGAUGUUUGGAGUGCUCAUCUCUAGAAAAUUGCACAAAAUGCUAAGAUUCUUUAUUUUUAAGUAAAGAUGGCAUGAUUUGCAAAUCAGAAAUUGAUUCACCAAUCAACUAAAAUAUCAUUUUGAUGAUUGCUGUUCCUUUUAUUGCCAUUACUGUUGUAUUUAAUGCAAUUUUACUGAACGCGAUUAUUUAAUUCCUUUAUUGCAUAUCUACUCCUAUUAGAUGCUUAUUUUACUUUUAUGAAUAUGGAUGA